ACCUCAAACUUUCUGCGUCAAACUCCACUCAUGUGUUCCUUACAUGUGACGUCACCGAGGCCUCCAGUCGCUGAUUGGUCUGUGUGAUUUCUGCGUGUGUUUAUAUAUCGAGGAUAUAAUAGUUUUAUUCAUUCGGGAACAAGGCACAGAAGAGAGUUUUAACUGAAGUCCUCCGAUAGACGAGAUGUUUCAGAUUAAGAAGAUUUGCUGUAUAGGCGCUGGGUAUGUUGGAGGUCCGACAUGUAGUGUCAUUGCAAGCAUGUGUCCCGAGAUCACAGUAACAGUGGUGGAUGUUAAUGAAUCCCGGAUCAGAGCCUGGAACUCCGAGAUCCUGCCCAUCUAUGAGCCGGGUCUGAAUGAGGUGGUGAUGUCUUGUCGUGGGAAGAACCUCUUCUUCUCCACAGAUAUCGACUCUGCCAUUAAACAAGCAGAUCUGGUCUUCAUUUCUGUAAACACCCCGACUAAGACGUAUGGUAUGGGAAAAGGUCGUGCUGCUGACUUGAAGUUUAUCGAGGCAUGUGCACGGCGGAUUGUGGAGGUGUCAGAAGGGUAUAAAAUCGUUACAGAGAAGAGCACGGUGCCGGUCCGUGCCGCUGAGAGCAUCCGCAGGAUAUUUGAGGCAAACAACAAACCCAAACUCAACUUACAGGUUCUCUCUAACCCAGAGUUCCUUGCGGAGGGAACAGCAGUGAAGGACCUGAAGGACCCAGAUCGCGUCCUGAUUGGUGGAGAUGAGACUCCAGAAGGUCAAAGGGCCAUCAGUGCCCUCUGUGCAGUUUAUGAGCACUGGGUUCAAAAAUCACGUAUAAUCACCACCAACACCUGGUCCUCUGAACUCUCCAAGCUGGCAGCGAAUGCGUUCCUGGCUCAGCGCAUCAGCAGUAUAAACUCCAUCUCUGCUCUGUGUGAAUCCACUGGUGCUGAUGUGGAGGAAGUGGCCAGAGCCAUCGGCAUGGAUCAGCGCAUCGGAUGCAAGUUCCUCAAAGCCAGCGUGGGUUUUGGAGGAAGUUGUUUUCAGAAGGAUGUGCUGAAUUUGGUGUAUCUGUGUGAGGCACUGAAUCUCCCAGAGGUUGCUUCAUACUGGCAACAGGUGAUUGACAUGAACGAAUAUCAGAGAAAGAGAUUUGCCUGUCGGAUCAUUGACUGCCUGUUUAACACCGUCACAGGGAAGAAAAUCGCCUUGCUAGGUUUCUCCUUCAAGAAGGACACAGGAGACACUAGAGAGUCCUCUAGUAUCUACAUCUCUAAGUAUCUGAUGGACGAAGGAGCCAAGUUGCAUAUUUAUGACCCUAAAGUGCUGAAGGAGCAGAUAAUCCAGGACCUGUCUCAACCCAGCAUCUCUGGAGACAGCCCCGAGAGAGUGUCUGAUCUCGUAACAGUGUCGUCUGACCCGUAUGAGGCGUGUGAGAGUGCACACGCUCUGGUCAUCUGCACGGAGUGGGACAUGUUUAAGAAAUUGAAUUACGAGAAAAUCUAUCAGAAGAUGUUGAAACCAGCGUUUAUCUUUGAUGGCCGACGAGUUCUGGACUAUCUGCACCCUCAGCUACAGAACCUGGGCUUUCAGAUUGAGACCAUUGGGAAGAAAGUGACGACCCGAAUCCCCUUCACACCAUCCUCCGGAGGAGGUCCACGACUCACUGAACCACCCGUCAAGAAAACCAAAGUUUAAGACUCACACACACACACAAUAAAGUCCUUCAGUGACAAAACCAAAGUAAUGUGAAAAAAUGCAUGUUUUGUGUGUAUGUGUUAAACUAUCUUCAGAAUGUUUUUAUAUGAGUUUCAUCUCUCAUGACCGUUUGCAAAAAUGCAGUGAUGUACUGUUUUAAACACUGGCAUUCAUGUUUGUUUUAAAAAAACAUCUUUCUUAAUUUGUAUUUUUUAUUUUUUUAGAAUGUUCUCAAAUCUGUGCCAUUUCAAAGACAUUGUUGAAACAACCAUAGUGCACAAAACUGCAUUAAUGCAAUCCCAGCGGUUUAGUUGCAUAUAAGUGUUAUAGAUUUUAUUUCAAAUAUCAUCUGUUUAUUUGAGAGCGAUGUCUGAGGGAGCAGCAACAGAAGGAACUUUAAUAAGUGGACCAAGGGGACAUAAAAACUGCUUUAAAUCAUAUGUGACCCUGGACAACAAAACCAGUCAUAAGCGUACAUUUUUCAAAAUUGAGAUUUCUGCACCAUCUGAAAGCUGAACAAAUAAUAUUUCCAUUGAUGUCUGGUUUAUUAGGA